UACCUGCACCUUUAGCAGUUCGGAGCUGGCCUCUGUUUUCCGUUAGCGCUUUGCUGCACGGACAAAUGCAUACAAAUGUAUUUAGGAACCUACAGGACAAGGCGUGGAAAAGUCUCCCCCACCGCAGAAACGAAACUGCUUCUUCACUUUAUUGUACUAUGUGUGGCUUGGAUUACUGUUCAUGCACAAGGACAAGGCAUAGAUGUUCUUCAUCAACUAAGCCUCGGAGGCAAAGAUGUAAAACACUCACCAUCAGUGACUGCUGUGCCAUCAUCAUUCACACCGUUACCUCAGGGGCUCCAUUUUACAGAAUCAGGUGUCAUUUUAAAAAAUGAUGCUUAUAUUGAGUCUCCUCUCAUGAACAUUUUACCAGUCAGCUUAAGACAGCCAUUUACAGUACUGAUUGGGUUGCAAUCACAUAGAGUAAACAAUGCAUUUCUCUUCAGCAUUAGAAAUAAAAAUAGACUGCAGUUAGGAGUGCAGUUACUACCUAAGAAACUAAUAGUACACAUCGGAGGAAAGCAGUCUGUCCUUUUCAAUCACAGUGUCCACGAUGGGCAAUGGCACUCAUUGGCCAUCACUAUUGGAGACCGAGUUGUCUCCCUGUUUGCUGAGUGUGGAAAGAAAUAUUUUAGCCGAGAGACUGUUUCAGAAGCUCAGAACUUUGACUCUUACAGUGUGUUUACCUUGGGAAGUAUGAAUAAUAAUUCUGUCCACUUUGAAGGGAUAGUAUGCCAGUUGGACAUUAUUCCUUCUGCAGUGGCGUCUGCAGACUACUGCAGACAUGUGAAACAGCGGUGUCCCCGAACAGAUGACUCCCAGCCUGGAGCAAGCCUUCCUAACACAAUGGUCAUACCAAGCAGGCACCCCGGACAUACUCCUUUGCCUAGAGGAUUUGGUGAGACAGAAUUGCCGCAGAAGACAUUCACUGAAGGCAAAAGCAUUCCAAAUAUCAAAAAUAAUGAUUCUGCCAAAGUGCAUAAAAGACAAGAACACGAGAUGUCAAGAUAUCAGUUGUCUUCCCUCCAUUCAGGAAAUGACUCAGCUCUGACUCUCAUAAACAAGGGGAUUCAAGCUAAAGGAAUUACCAUUGAGGAACAGAGGAAUUUAAGCCUGUCAGGAACUUACCAUCACCUCAGUGAGGCAAGCAUGGACACAGAGGUGAAAUUUAGCCCUCUCCUAAAUGAAUCAGAAAACAUCACACAACAUGGUGAGGGGGUAGCUAGUUUGUGGCUACAUACAAAGACUGCAUCCAGCCUUGCACAUACAAAUCAAGAUGGUAUGACUAAUCUCAAGAAAGCUGUCACAGCAAACCUGCACACCAACGAACUCAUGGAAAUGGAACAGAUUUUAAACACUACCUUGUAUAGAGUAACAGAUGGGUCAUCUGUGGAUAACCACCUUGAACUAAGGAAGAAAGGUGAAUUUUACCCUGAUGCUACUUACCCCAUCGAAAAUAGCUAUGAAACUGAGCUUUAUGAUUAUUAUUAUUAUGAGGAUUUUAAUGCAAUGCUUGAAAUGGAGUAUCUAAGAGGGCCAAAAGGGGACACCGGACCUCCCGGUCCUCCUGGUCCAAUGGGUAUCCCAGGCCCAUCAGGAAACAGAGGGCCACGGGGCAUACCAGGUCCACAUGGGAAUCCUGGGUUACCUGGAUUGCCAGGUCCAAAGGGCCACAAAGGAGAUCCAGGAUUUUCCCCAGGUCAAGCAGCUUCUGGAGAAAAGGGUGACCAAGGCCUUUUUGGAUUAAUGGGACCCCCUGGUUUGCAAGGUGAAAAAGGUCUCAAAGGACAUCCCGGGCUCCCAGGUCUCCGUGGUGAACAGGGGGUUCCAGGAUUUGCAGGUGAUAUUGGCUCACCCGGCUACCCUGGCAGGCAGGGCUUAGUUGGACCAGAAGGUGAUCCGGGUCCCAAGGGUGUCCGGGGUUUUAUUGGCUCUCCUGGAGAAGCAGGACAGCUGGGGCCUGAAGGAGAAAGGGGCAUUCCUGGAAUCCGCGGAAAGAAGGGACUAAAAGGAAGACAGGGUUUUCCAGGUGAUUUUGGAGACAGAGGCCCUGCUGGUCUGGACGGGAGUCCUGGACUUGUAGGUGGCAUCGGUCCUCCAGGAUUUCCUGGUCUGAGAGGCAAUGUUGGUCCUGCAGGACCAAUUGGACCUUCAGGAAUUCCUGGCCCAAUGGGCCUUUCGGGGAAUAAAGGACCACUUGGAAUCAAAGGUGAUAAGGGUGAGCAAGGCAUGCCUGGGGAGCCAGGAGAACCAGGGUAUCCUGGAGACAAGGGCACCACUGGUUCACCGGGCCCACCAGGGAUAAGAGGAAAGCCAGGACCUUCAGGACAACCAGGUGACCCAGGACCCCAGGGACCAUCUGGCCCUCCAGGACCAGAGGGUUUUCCAGGAGAUAUUGGGAUUCCUGGGCAAAAUGGCCCUGAAGGACCAAAGGGACUCCUUGGAAGCAGAGGGCCUCCUGGGCCUCCUGGUCUCAAAGGAACUCAGGGAGAAGAAGGACCCACUGGACCCCUUGGAGAACUGGGACCAAGAGGAAAACCAGGUUCCAAGGGGUAUGUGGGUGAACCAGGACCAGAAGGUUUAAAGGGAGAAGUAGGAGACCAAGGAGAUUCUGGCAAAAUUGGUGAAACGGGACCUGUUGGUUUACCUGGAGAAGUUGGAAUAACAGGAAGUGUUGGUGAAAAGGGAGAGCGUGGAAGUCCUGGACCACUGGGUCCCCAGGGGGAAAAGGGUGUCAUGGGCUAUCCAGGUCUUCCUGGAGUUCCAGGACCCAUAGGUCAACUGGGAUUGCCUGGUCAUGUGGGGGCAAGAGGUGCACCUGGGAGUCCAGGCCCUAAGGGACAAAGAGGGCCCAGAGGACCAGAUGGCCUCCUGGGGGGACAAGGUGUGCAAGGCGCUAAGGGUGAAAGGGGGAAUCAAGGAAAAAGAGGGCCUCAUGGUCUCAUUGGUAAGACUGGAAGCCCUGGAGAGAGAGGAGUUCCAGGAAAACCAGGCUUACAAGGACUCCCCGGCAGCACAGGAGACAGGGGACUUGCAGGCGAACCAGGACCACGAGGACUACCGGGUGAUGCUGGACUUCCUGGAGAAAUGGGUGUGGAGGGGUCUCCAGGCAUUGAGGGAGAAACUGGUCUGCAAGGUGAACCUGGUGCUAAGGGAGAUGUUGGACCUUCGGGUAGUACUGGGUCAGCUGGGGAACCAGGGUUACGAGGUGAACCAGGAGCUCCCGGAGAAGAGGGUCUCCAAGGAAAAGAUGGAUUAAAGGGGACCCCAGGAGGAAGGGGACUUCCUGGAGAGGAUGGAGAAAAAGGAGAGAUUGGCUUACAAGGAACUGCAGGGCCUUUGGGUGAACCAGGUCAAAUGGGCCUUCCGGGACCUGAAGGAGUUUUGGGAACCCCAGGACAAAGAGGUCGUCCAGGAAAAAAGGGGGAUAAAGGACAAAUGGGACCCACAGGAGAAGUUGGAAGCAGAGGCGCUCCUGGACAAGUUGGGGAAAGUGGCCCCAAGGGUGCAAGAGGAACUAGAGGUGCUGUGGGUCCUGUAGGAUUGAUGGGACCUGGUGGAGAACCAGGAAUCCUAGGAUACAGGGGCCAUCAAGGUCAGCCAGGACUCUCCGGGCUGCCAGGACCUAAAGGAGAAAAGGGUUAUCCAGGAGAAGAUAGCAAUGCCCCAGGACCACCAGGACCUCGAGGUGAACCAGGUCCAAUAGGAGAACAAGGAGCCAGUGGAGAGCCUGGUGCAGAGGGCUAUCAGGGUCAUGUGGGUGUGCCAGGACUAAGAGGUGCCAAUGGACGACAAGGGCCCCCAGGAGAACCAGGUGACCAAGGUGGACAAGGACCAAAAGGAGAGAGAGGAUCUGAAGGCCCUAAGGGGAAAAAAGGAGCUGCUGGUCCUUCUGGGAAGCCUGGCAUUCCUGGACUUCCAGGCCUUCCUGGGCCAAAAGGCCUGCAAGGAUACCACGGAGUAGAUGGGAUUUUAGGAAACCCUGGAAAAGCCGGGCUACCAGGAAAACAAGGACUUCCCGGCAUCAAAGGCAGUGCAGGAAGAACAGGACUGGCUGGAUCUCCAGGUCCUCGAGGAAGAAAGGGCUCAGCAGGCCCACCGGGAAGUCCUGGAGUUCCAGGCCCAAAGGGUGAACAAGGGUUACCUGGUCAACCUGGAAUUCCAGGUAAAAGAGGUCACCAAGGAGCACAAGGUGAUCAAGGACCACAUGGAAAACCUGGUGUAAAAGGGCAACCUGGAGAACACGGUGAUCCAGGUUUAACAGGUUUCCAAGGAUUCCCAGGCCCUAGAGGUCCUGACGGGGAUGCUGGUGUUGUUGGAAUUUCAGGUCCUAAAGGUCCCAUUGGGCCGAGAGGAAACAGUGGCCCUCUUGGAAGAGAAGGCAUAAUAGGUCCAACAGGUAGAACUGGACCCAGAGGUGAAAAAGGCUUUCAAGGUGAAACUGGUCCUCAAGGACCAAGGGGUCAACCUGGACCUCCAGGUCCACCUGGAGCACCAGGUCCAAGAAGACAAAUGGAUAUCAAUGCUGCUAUUCAAGCCUUGAUUGAAACAAAUUCUGCCCUGCAGAUGGAGAGUUACCAGAACACUGAAGUGACUUUAAUCAACCACAGUACAGAGAUAUUCAAAACCCUGAGCUACCUUAGCAAUUUACUGCGCAGCAUCAAGAAUCCUCUUGGCACUCGAGACAACCCAGCACGAAUCUGCAAAGAUUUGCUCAACUGUGAACAUAAGGUUUCAGAUGGAAAAUACUGGAUUGAUCCAAAUCUUGGAUGCUCUUCAGAUGCCAUUGAAGUUUUCUGCAAUUUUAGUGCUGGUGGCCAGACAUGUUUAUCUCCUGUUUCUGUAACGAGGCUGGAGUUUGGAAUCAGGAAAGUCCAGAUGAACUUCCUUCAUUUACUGAGCUCAGAAGCUACCCAUAUCAUCACCAUUCACUGUCUAAACACUCCAGUGUGGACAAGCACACAGACAAAUGGCCCAGGACUGCCUAUUAGUUUCAAAGGAUGGAAUGGUCAGAUUUUUGAAGAAAACACUCUACUUGAACCUAAAGUCCUCUCAGAUGACUGCAAGAUUCAGGACGGCAGCUGGCAUAAGGCAAAAUUCCUUUUUCAUACCCAGGACCCUAAUCAACUUCCGGUGAUUGAAGUCCAAAAUCUUUCUCAUCUCAGAACUGAGCGAAAGUUUUACAUUGAAAGCAGUUCUGUGUGCUUUCUCUAAGGCCUCUGGAUUAGCUCAGAGUUCAUGCUGUUGAGUAGGUAACUGCUGCAGAGGGAGAAAUGUAGACUAAGAUACUGUCAAUAUGAAAAGCAGGGAAUGAAGACAUUGGCGAAAUCCUAAAGAAUCUCAGGAAGAAAAGAUUUCCUCCUAAGGAGAAAAGGCAUUUUCAAAGGACUGCGAUUGAUAAUGUAUUUAAUUCUCUUAAAUUUUUUUAUUGAUCUGAGUUUUCUUAAAGAAUUCCCUAGAACUGAAAAUUUAUCAACUUGGAAUUCUUCAGGGUAUCCUGUAUUUGUUGACUGACAGCCCAUUAGACAGCUGGAGAUGCAAAGGCACUGUAGAGCAGUGCUAGCAAGUGCUUCCAAAGGUGCAAUGUUUCUGUCUAAAAAUUGCAAGCCACAGUCUGGUGCGUCUUAUUUUCCCAAACACUAAGCUGUAUUUAGGUCCCCGAUGGGCAUAUACAUCUUAGCCGGUGGUAUACUACCUCCUAUGUGUUGCCUCUUUGUGUCGCUCGGUGCUCUUUCUUAAAACAAGGUGCUUGUGGCUGUUGUAGAAAAUUAUAUUUCCUUUUUUAUCUUUGUCAUUAAAAGUGUAUGUACUGGUUACAUCCAAAUAUGUCUUAAUUGUUAAUACUUAUUUUAAUAAUUUGUUUGGUCACAUACUUAAUAACAAGUAAAACAAUUAUUUAUGUAAAGUCCUUGUUUUAUUUUAAAAUUCUCUUUGUGGAAUCGAAGCCAGCACAAUGUAACUUGUGCAGAAACACAAGAGAAUUGGGGUGUUUCUUUUGUUGUUGUUUUAUUUUUUUAAUUGUUGUAAAAAAAAAAAAAAGAUUUUAGGCCAGCUAUAUCGAAUGCUAGGUUUGGGUUAGAAAUUGGGGGUUGUGAAAUACUAUUUUAAAAUCCGUGAUCAUCUGGAAUGAUAUUUUGUGUAUAUAUUUUGUAAGGUUUUAAGUCAGCCUAUCUUUUGAAAAUUGCUGCUGUUUUAAAUUAUAAAAGCUUUAUAUUUCUGCUUUGUAGAAAAUACAUGUUUUUGUAGUAUUCAAUGAUUUUCUUUCCUGUUCUUAAAAGUAAUGUUAGAACUUAAAAGAAUUUAUUUUACAGCCUUUAAAGCAACUGUGGAAGGGGUCCAUAGUCACUAAAAAUGAGUUCAUCCAGUUUAGGCUUGUUGGAGAAAUGUUAGUUCAAUAUUAAAAGAAUGAUAUUAUACCUCUUGCUAUAUAGAAGAGCUUGUUCAUGUUAUAAACAUAACUUUAGCCACAACAAACCACACUUACCUAUCUAUAAUAAAGAGGUGCUUUCAAUUA